GCUGCUGAUCUGGAUUCAUAGAACAAAAUAUCUCUGUGCUUUGGCACUAGUUCACACUCAACGGCUCAACGCUGUGUUGGUUGGGAGCUUAGUUCUCGUAGCUUCGUGUUCCCAGAUGGAGGAUUCGGUGGGUGAGGAGGAGAGGAGGGAGCAGGGGAAGACGGUGGCGCAGCCGAAAGCGCAUCAAGAAGAAGCUGCGGCGGCCGGUGCUGGCGGCGGCGGCGAGCCUGCUCAGGAUGGCGGGUUCCUGAGCGCCAUGGCGUCCAAGAUCAGCGCAACGAUGUCCGGGACGAACGGGAGCGGCGGCGAGGCCAAUGCCGCCGCGGCGUCUGAUGGCGAGGCGCUGAAGAGAGAUGGUAGCGGCGAGCCAGGUGACGAGGACGGGUUCCUGAGCGCGAUGGCGUCCAAGAUCGGCGCGGCGAUGUCCGGUGCUGAUGGCGGAGGCGAAAGCAACGGCGGUGGAAAUGCGGCGGGGGCGGCUGAUGACGAGGGCAGGGAGAAGGACGAAGGUAAUGGCGGUGGCGGAAUCUUCCAUAAGCUCCUGUCCAGCUCGCCCCCUGCUUCGUCGUCGGCGUCAGGAACAUUGGAAGCAGAGGCAGCGAAAGGGGAAGAGAAAGAUCAGGGGGUGGCAGACGAGCAAGCCGGGAUUCUGAGCGCGAUGGCCUCCAAGAUCGGCAUGGCCAUGUCUGCCGCCAAUGGCAAUGGGAACCACGGCACCGAGGACGCCUCCAAGACGAGCAAUGGCCACGCUGCUGAUGGCAGUAACGGUGAUGAGAAGGGGGGCGACGCGAAUGGUGGUGGAAUCCUGAACACCAUGGCUUCCAAGAUCGGCAUGGCCAUGUCUGGCGCAAAUGGUGACGAGGACCAUGGCGGCAGUGGGGUCAACGCCAAGACGGGCAGCAGCGACGCCGUUGAUGGCAGUAAGGAUGAGGAGAAGAGGGACGAGGCGAAUGGUGGUGGGAUUCUGAGCGCUGUCGCUUCCAAGAUCGGCAUGACUGUGUCGGGCUCCAAUGGCAAUGGCAACCACAGCACCGAGGACGAUGCCAAGACUAGCAAUGGAGAGGAGGAGAAGGAGAAGGGGCAUAAUGCGAAUGGUGCUGGAAUCGUUGAGCAGAUCAUCUCCAACCUUCCGUCAGAUGAUCAGGCGCCAGACUCCGACGAGGCUUCCUUGCUCAUCGCCAUUAUUGAAGAUUAGCUCCGAUGGUCGUCCUCGAGCAGGAGUGGAAUAGAUUGGGUUGUUCUAUUUUACCUUUAAAUCCCUCUUUAAAAAAAUAUAGAUCGCUCUUAAUAUGAAUGCAUGUAAGCUCUUGAUGUGGAUACACGUAAGCACUAGAGGUAGGUUUCUUGUAGACACUAGACUCUAGAGAUGCUGCAAGACUCUUCAACUGUAAUCACAUUGUCUACUGGACAGAAGUGAAAGCGAUGUUUGUAUUUCAGACAUCAGGCUCGUGAGGUAACGGAGAUCAGUUCAAAACCAAA